UAAUGUCCUCCAUUUCAACUUGUUCAACAGCUGAGGUUAUCCGUCUCAACACUUUAGAAGCAACAGUUAGUACAGAAUCGCAAAUAUCAGAAGCUUCAAUUCAUGAAGAGCAAGAUAGUUUCCCCGAUGGCGGCUUCCGUGCGUAUUCCGUAGUAUUUGGAUCUUUUCUUGGAUUGGUGGCUAAUUUCGGAACUUUAAAUUCCAUGGGGGUGAUUCAAACCUAUGUUGCUACUCAUCAAUUAACAGACGUCCCUACAUCUACUGUCUCGUGGAUCUUCUCGAUUUAUUUAGCAUUAUCAUUUGCCAACUGUGUUAUAGUGGGGCCAUUUUUCGAUGUCAAAGGUGCAACUUGGCCGUUGAUUGUGGGGACAAUAAUGAUGUUUGGUGGAUUCAUGGCGGUGGCUAAUGCAACCACGGUGUGGCAGUUUAUUUUGUCAUUGUCUAUUUGUGUUGGUAUUGGGAACUCCUUGAAUAUUACCCCCUUGAUUGGUGUUUUAAGUCACUGGUUUAAUUUGAAACGGGGAAGUGCCAUUGGGAUGGCCACCAUGGGAGGGUCUAUAGGUGGGAUUAUUGUACCUAUUAUGUUAAAAUCGUUGUACCCUAAGUUUGGAUUUGUAUGGUCAACUCGUAUUCUUGGGUUUUUCUGUUUGGGGUGUAUGAUAUUUUCAAUCUUUCUUUGUCGUGAAAGAGUUACUCGUACAUUAGAAACCAGGGAGGAUCAACGCCAUGGAAAAUUUAAAACUAUGCUUGGUGAAGUCAAGGAGUUCUUUGAUUUCAAAGCAUUGUUAGAUCCUACUUAUGCAUUUUGUAUUGCGGGCACAUUUGCAGUAGAGAUUUCUCUAUUGUCCAUGUUGACAUAUUUAGCAUCAUAUGCUAUUGCUCAAGGAAUGGAUGAGUCUAAAUCAUAUGUAUUAAUCACAAUUUUCAAUGCUACUGGUGUAUUGGGGAGAUUAGUUCCAGGAUAUUUAUCAGAUAAAUUGGGAUAUUACAAUAUUAUGAUAAUCAUGCUUUUCGGGUUCACGUUAUCAAUGUUUGUCAUUUGGUUACCAUUUGGUCACAUUGUUUCUGCACUUUACGUAUUUGCAUCUGUAUCAGGAUUCUUCAGUUCUUCAAUCUUAAGUUUAACUCCAGUUUGUUUAAGUACAAUUACACCAGUACGCAAAUUUGGUCUGAGAUAUGGGUUAUUAUAUUUGUUUGUAAGUACGGGUAACUUAUUUGGGAUUCCAAUAAGUGGUGCUAUCAUUGGCGAGGGCAGCAAACACCAGUAUAAUAUGUUUGCAUUGUUUUGUUGUUUGUUUGGGAUUUUAGGAACUAUUGGUUGGAUAACUAGUAGGUACUACAUCGUAGGAAUGAAAUUGAAUGUAAAGGUUUAAUUUAGGUGUAUAUAUAUAGAAUAGAUGCAUUAUUUAUUUUCGUUUUCUUAUAUUGCCUUGAGGUUGUGAUUUGGAAGGUGCUGGUGCUUUCUCAAGGGUUUGCUUUGAUGCUUGAACUUGGAUCUCCUGAAGCUCUUUAGCUAACUCAGGAUUAAUCCAUUUAAGAACAUAUGGUGCAACCAGAAGACCCAUCAUGACAGUAAAUAUAAUGGUGUAUACUCUGUUUCUGAAAAUGAAUCCGAAUGGGCCAUUCAAGAACCAAUCGCCAAUUGAACCUUGUGGAUUUUCAUAGAAUUGCUUGGUGUAUUUGAAAUUAAUAGUUAGUGGUGUUUUUGUAAUAUUAACUUCUGAUGUUUUGUUAUAUGAGUUCUCACCAAGACGAUCUUCAAAUGCCAAGAUUAUUUCGUCAUUGACAAGUAUUCUAUAUCUAUUUGUAUAGAAUUCAAAAUCAUAAGAAUUAACAAUUAAUUCAUAUAUUCCAGCUUUCAAAUCUUGGAAUUUGAAUGAAUAAUCUUGUUGGACCAAUGAGGUAGUUUUUUCAUCUGAUUCAAGAUUAUACAAGUCAACUUUAAUUCUUGCUGGGUAAUUGUCGCCAUUCACCACUACAACAUUCUUUUCAUGAUACAACUCGUUUACCUGUUUGGGGAUGUUAAUUAUUUGGCCCUGGAAUCCAAUUGCCAGUACAAGCACUGAACUGAACAAUACUGUUAUUAUAUUUAUCAAUCUAGUCAUUGUAUUGUAGUU